AUGCAAUUUAUGGAUGUAUACGGAAAAUAUGAAGACUUGGAAUUUGUUGACACCUUUAACAUUAUACAUCCUGCCGAUGAUGUUGAGGCAAAGUGGAAAUUACAAGAUCUAUUUAAAGAUUCUCUUGGGUAA